AUGAGUCAGAUACCCAGAAAGGAGCUCAACGGAACAACUGCCCGAAGUCAAGAUCCGGCCCCUUGUACAACCUGUGGCAGACAUUUUGCACAAGAUGUUCUGCUGAGAUAUGAGCCAAUAUGCAAGAAAGUCUCCAACAAGAAGCACAAGCCCUUCAGCUCUUUGAAAGAGAGGCUGCAGGGAACAGGAAUCAUCACUCUGAAGAAGCAGCCCCCCGCAAAAGGUAUCCCAGGGAAGAAAUCAAACUGGAGGCAGCACCAUGAGGAUUUUAUUAAUACUAUUCAAUCAACCAAGCAGGUCACAAAAGCCCUGAAGGAGGGCCACCCUCUUCCACCUCUUCCCACACCAAGCAUCACUCCCGUUGUUCCUUUCUUACAGUCGGACUAUAUUCAGCGUCCACACUGCUCACGGAGAUUUAAUGAGGCCGCAGCACAGAGGGACGUGAAGUUUUGUGAAGAAGCAGCUGCCCGCCGUGCCUUUGCUGCAAAGACCACCGGACAGGCUUUGAAGGGAGCACAAGAAGGUGCCAAUACAGGCAAACCUAGGCCAGAGACCUCUCCAGGAAUACUGCAGAAAACCAGAAAAUCAUUGGGUAUAUCUGCUGGAAAAAAAUCUUUAGGAGAGUUUGAGUAA